AUGGAAGAAAGGAAACAAGGAGUCGGUUACAAGGAGGAGGAGGAGGAGGAAAGCACGAGAGCCACCUCCUCCUUAUUAGAUCAGCACAGGGUGGGCACUGGAGCCCUUGUGUUGAUGCCACUAUACUCACCAGCAACUCCACCUCCACCUCUUGGUCACGAGAUCGCUUCACACUGUGACCGUUUACUUGCUUCUGAGCAUGCUUCGUGCUCCCAUCCCACUGUCACAUUUUUCGCGCUGUCAUAUCUUGCCUUAACCACAUUCAAUGCAUUCGAUUCCAGUGGCACCAAUGAUUGCAUGCCGGCAGUGGAAUACUUACAUUGCGAAACUACGAACUUUGUCACAAAGAGGCACACCUCAAUACGCCAUCCUAUGGUUUCGUUGAUAUCCGCACCAGUUAUCCAUGCUGAGACAAGUUUCUUCUUCGCUGCAAUGUUGUUAAGUUGCUCACCUGUAACAUGCAAUCCAACGGGAAUGGACUGGAAGUCAAUGGACGAAAGGAAGGUGAAUGAACUGGUUGUCAUAACUUGCAUGGAAGGAGGAGGUCCUGUUGAUGAUAAGGCAGAUGAGGACGAGGACGAGGAGGAGGAAGAGGAGGAGGUAUUGGCAGCAUUGAUGGUAUUAGCACACAAGAACCGUCUCCACCUCAACGACGUACCCUAUGGGCACAAAACGCCCAUCAUGCUUCGCCUGCCCCUCCGUAGUUUGCCAAGUGGUUGGUGGCAGGCAUCGAGGGUGGAUGCAUCGCCUCAUGGUGCAUAUCUGUGCAAUGAGGUGAAGAGUGUUAUGUGCUGGGUUAGGUUAGGUGAAGAGGCGCUGGAUACAGGCAUAGAUGGGCACAGCACUUAUUCAAAUGGGACCAUUCUCCUCUCGACGACAGGAGAAGGCCUCGAGGACGCUGCUCCUGUUCUUCCCAGCACAGUUGCUCCAUUCAUCGUCCACAUGCGACUCCCAAAGUGGCCUGCGUAA